AUUGACCACCUGACUAUUUUUGCCGAGGAUUGACUUUUACGCACAUGCUGGCUCACAGACCGCGUAACCAAGCGCGCCAUUACAGCUUCGCCGCCGCCAAGAAUCCCGGCGAGGGUCCUCAACUGACCUUCUUCUCGCCCACAAAAAUCCAGCUCGGGCUUCCCCCCUCCGGCCGCGAUGAGCAGAUUAGCCCGGCGAGUCCAAAUCGACGACCCUAAGUACGACGACGACGAGAGGAAUGGCCAGAACGGAGGCGGUGAGGAGGAAGGAGGAGGCGCGACGAAGCUGAGAUCGACGAGCAGCAACGUGAGCGACGACCAGGAGCCCUUCAUGGGGGUCAAGGUUCGACGGAAGGCGUCGCUCCACAGAGAAGUUAAAGGAGAUUACAUCGACGUGCCUUCGCAUCCUCGCCUGAUGAAGAUCUUGCAGAAACAAGGAGAUAAGCACAUACUAUUUGCGGACAAAGUUUUGAAAUUCACUGCUUCAGGGAAGAUGAAGCGGCGGAUAUUGCUGAUCACCGAUUUCGCGAUUUACAUCCUUGAUCCGGAGAACGAUGUGCUCAAGAGGCGGAUUGCAAUGGCUGCAGUGGAGAAGCUGUGCUUGAGUGAGCUGAGUGAUAACUUCUUGGCAAUCAUCAUCCCGACGGAGUAUGAUCUUCUAAUGGCCAGUACCAGAAAGACGGAAAUCGUUACUGUUUUAGUUGAACAUACCAAGAGCUCUUCGAACUAUGAGCUCGAUGUGGAAUUCUCCAAUAGCAUCGAGUAUCAGGCAGCUGCCGAUUUGACUAAGGAAGUUCAGUUCGAGGAAGUUGAGGGUGGUGUCAGAACAAGAAUCCUGAGGAAAUGAGACUGCAAACCGUUCAGAAUCUCAAUCCUUCGUAACUUUUAGACCACCUCAUAGGGUGACUCGGAUCAGAUCAAUGUAAAGGCGAGAUGUAGUAAUUGUUCAGAGUAUUGAUGCCAACCAGCGCAGGAGAAGGAAAGAGCAUGUGAAGGAAGGAAGGAAAUCAGCUGACUUGCUCUGUUUCGUUCUUGUUCUGCGGGGCCUAAUAUAUGGGGCCAUCAUCUCUCUGAUCAACUUGAUUCUGUUGCUGCCGCCAUUGAUGCGUGUUUGAAGAAGGAACACUGUCUGCUACUUGCUUGCUUGCUGCCUUAGUUUUUUUUUUUCUUUAUUGGAUUUGUUUCUUGCUGCUGGUGACAGAGGGAGGGGAGGAGAGUAAUUGCGGGGACGGUGAGAAGUUUGCAUCACUUCCUUUCCAUUAUUAUAAUCGGUGUAAGGUGAAGUGAGAUAUAGAUGUGAGAAAGUGGCAUUACAGAACAGAUUUGGCAAAACAACAAAUACAGAAUUUAAGAUAGAGAGAAUUUUAACUGUUUGAAUGUUGA